ACCGGGGGUGUUGACAAAGACUUCCCAGAGCAAGGGAGACUGUCCUCUUUAAGCGGACACCUGAAGGAUGAGUAGGAUUACCAGAUAAAGAUGAGAGAAAGAUAACACGGGACAUCUUUUCACUUGGGAUUACCAACUGUCUUCCUUCAGCAAUCUGGAUGCAGACGUCAGAUCGGGACCUGAGUGGGCCAGAGGUGAGCCCUAGCGCGAUGCCUGAGGUUCUCUCCGAGUGUCCACCUGCCCCCACCAAGACAACAGCGUUUGAUCUUUUCAACCUGGUUCUGUCCUACAAGAGGCUGGAGAUCUACCUGGAACCCCUGAAGGAUGCAGGUGAUGGCGUUCGAUACUUGCUAAGGUGGCAGAUGCCUUUGUGUUCCUUGAUGACCUGCCUGGGCCUCAACAUCUUGUUCCUCACUUUGAAUGAGGGUGCCUGGUACUCCAUGGGUGCCUUGAUGAUUUCGGUGCCCGCCCUGCUGGGCUACCUUCAGGAGGUUUGCCGGGCACAGCUGCCGGAGUCUGAGCUGUUGCGGAGGAAGUACCACAGCAUACGGCAGGAAGACCUACAGAGAGUUCGCCUUUCCCGCCCUGAGGCUGUGGCUGAGGUGAAGAGCUUCUUGAUCCAACUGGAAGCCUUCCUGACCCGCCUGUGCUGUACCUGUGAGUCAGCCUACCGUGUCCUACACUGGGAGAAUCCCAUGGUGUCCUCACAGUUCUAUGGUGCACUUCUGGGCAUGGUUUGCAUGCUCUACCUGCUGCCUCUCUGCUGGGUCCUCGCCCUUUUAAACAGCACACUCUUUCUGGGAAACGUGGAAUUCUUCCGAGUGGUGUCUGAGUAUAGGGCUUGUCUGCAGCGGCGAAUGAACCCCAGGCAGGAAGAUCGUGCCUGUGAGACCUCGGCACUGCAGGAUGCUGGGGGAAGGACUCUGCUGGACAGCACACCAGCCCCUACACCCACAGAGGACCUCACGCCAGGCAGUGUGGAAGAAGCUGAGGAGGCUGAGCCAGAUGAAGAGUUCAAAGAUGCAAUUGAGGAGACCCACCUGGUGGUGCUGGAGGAUGAUGAGGGCACCCCAUGCCCACCAGAGGAUGAGCUGGCCCUACAGGACAAUGGGUUCCUCAGCAAGAAUGAGGUGCUGCGCAGCAAGGUGUCACGGCUUACAGAACGGCUCCGCAAGCGUUAUCCCACCAACAACUUUGGGAGUUGUGCAGGCUGCGCUGCUACCUUCUCAGUGCUGAAGAAGAGGCGGAGCUGCAGCAACUGUGGGAACAGCUUCUGCUCUCGGUGCUGCUCCUUCAAGGUGCCCAAGUCCUCCAUGGGGGCCACAGCUCCUGAAGCCCAGAGAGAAACUGUGUUUGUGUGUGCCUCCUGUAAUCAGACCUUGAGCAAGUGAGAAGGGGCGAGGAAGAAGAGAAGAGGAGGCCAGGCUCCCCCUGGGGCCAGCAGUAGACCCUACUCUCCCAACCCUGGUCCUCUGAGGCGUGUGCUGGGCAAAUGUAGCCUUGCAGCUAGGUCCUUCCUGCCCUUCCCCUGCUGCCUCCAGCUGGACUGGUGAUGCUCGAAGGCCCAAAUGGAGAGGAACUCUUGGAGCCCCCCCCCCCCAACCCCGUCAGGGCUGGCCAGGGAAAUGUCCACCAGGGGCAGAAUUGAGCAUAGCCUGCUCCCAUCUGGGCUCUGAUGGUCAAGGCUGGACUGACUAGGCCUUAGGAUCUAAGAGACCCGAGGUGGGCAAAAGAGGUUUUUCCCUGUCGAGUCCUGGGCAUCUAAGCCCCAGAGAGCCUGCAGGAGCACCAUGGACUCUGCCCUUUAAAUAGCCUUAGGAUCUGUUGCUUUUCUAGAGAUGGGAUUGGAGUUCCCAGGAGUUCAUGAGGGUGCUGG